AUGCCAGCUGAAGAAUACGAGCCGUUGUGUCAAGAACUUAUCCAAAAAGUCACUCGCUACGCUGAAAACAAGUGCAGUUGGAGUCUUAUGAGAAACCAAGAAGGUGUCAUUGUUUACCAGAAAAGAUCUCAUGACUUCCCUGGUAUGAUGUUCAAAGCGGAAGGUCUUGUCAAUGGCCCACCGGAACUAAUCUUCAAGUACAUUGAGACUGCUCCGAAUUCACCCCGUUUGGAAUGGGACAAGCGCCUAGCUGGGGUCGAAAGUCUCGAGGUAAUCAACCCGAACAUCACUCUUAUGAGGUCCUACACCACGGCGGAACUGACGGGAAUCAUUCAUGCUCGAGAUUUUGUCGACUUGAUUACCACCGUCAAGACUAACGACUAUUUAGCGAAUUUUGCCGUAAGUGUGACUGACAAGUUUCCAGAUCAGCCCAACUUCAUUCGAGGCUUUAACUACCCGAGUGGUAUAUUCUGUUUUAAUGUACCAGGUGAACCGAACCAGACGAACGUUCUUUGCAUACUACAACCGGAUGUAAAAGGAAGCGUCCCAGGUGAACUUAUCGAUGCCGUAAUGCCAUCGUCCUGUGAAGAAUUCUACCGGUGCUUACGCCAUUUUGUAGAGAAAAAGAACAAAGCCUAA